AAAAAAGAAUCUGUGGAAAGAAGAAAUUCUCCUCGUUACUAGUUGCGCAGAUUUUUUUCUACAUUACCAAUUGAGUACAAUUUACGUAAAGAUCUUCUCCGCGUGUGAUGUGCAGAAGACUCUCAUCUUGAAUUUUUGGAUAGGAUUAUGGAAACGUCGGACAACUCAGUAGAACUUGCUAAGGUCGCCGAGGAAAGCGAAAAAUGUGAGGAGAACAUCAAAGGCUAUGUAGAGCCUAGAUUUGAAUGUCCUAUAUGUCUAACAUGGCUACGCGAUCCAGUUUUAACAUCUUGUGGCCAUAAAUUUUGUUCUCAGUGUAUUUACACUUGGCUUAAGAAAGAAGGCGCUUGCUGUCCAGUUGAUAGUCAACCUUUGAAAUCUGAAAAUCUUUUCCCAGAUCUUUAUACCACUAGAGAGAUAUCUCAGAAACGUACAAGUUGUAUUUAUCAGCAAUUUGGUUGUCAAGUAAAAUUGUCUCCUGUGGAUAUGGAAACACAUAUCACUCAAUGCACAUAUAAACAAGAUAUUUCAGAGCCUCGAGUACAAAAUAGCACUAAUGCAAUGUCUGUGGAGUCAAAAUUAUGGGAUCCACCUCUAAAAAAUAGGAUACAAGUUGCAGACAAGGAAGAGCCUUCUCCUGAUUGGCAACAAUUGCUCAAAAAUCUAUAUGAAAGAAUAGUAGUUUUGGAGCAAGAAAACCGGGAGCUCUCUAUAACAGUAUCUAAUCAGAAAAAUCAGCUCGCGGCUAUGUGUCUACGAAAUUGUAAUGGAGUUUAUAUAUGGAGACUGAAAUCUUUCCAAGAAAAACUCGACGCUAUGACAAACGAUCCUCAAAAAAUGUUCUAUAGUCCGGGCUUUUAUACAAGUCCAAACGGAUAUAAGAUCUGUGCAAGGAUUAAUAUAUCGUCCAAGGAUCCCGAUUAUCUGUCUUUCCUUUUACAUAUUAUGAAAUCAGAAAAUGACGACGCUUUGGACUGGCCGUUUAAUGGUACAAUGUUUUUUGCGUUGGUACAUCCACAAAAUUCGGAAAAAAAUAUAUGUGAAAAGACAUUGUCAAUACCAGAUCUUGAGGCAUUUCAAAAACCCACGUGUGAAUUGAAUAAACGUAGCUUCGGUUAUACAGAAUUUAUAUGUCUGCGCGACAUAACUGAUUUUCUGCGACAUGAUACUUUAAUUUUUAAAAUUGAAGUUUACCCUAGCACUCCUUCCAGUGCAUUGAUUGCUCUAGGGAUUCUAUUUCAACUUGAGACAGUUGAAGCGUCUGAUGCGCUUCAUGCUGUUCGGAACGAAUAUUUAUGGUACUGUGAUUCUGAAGUGGGAAAUCCAUCUAAAGAUUCUAAAAAAGAAGAAUGA